AUGUUUAAUCCUGAAGUAAGUGACCCUUAUGCACUUCUAAAGGCCGCACUCUUGAAGAAAAGCGAUCUCACAGAUCGCCAACGUCUAGACGAAUUGCUUCGUAACAUCGAGCUAGGCAGCCACUCAGCUACUGAAGUCCUCGCACGCAUGCGAGAAGUAAUCGGUGCACGAACAUUUGACGAUGGUUUCUUCCGAGAACUAUUUCUCUCGAAACUACCACAACCGGUGCAAACCGUGUUGGUGACACUCCAGUCAGUCCCACUCGACGACCUGGCAGCCUCAGCAGAUAAAAUACUGGAGAUAUCCAGCAGACCCGUCUCCAACGUAUAUUCUAUCUGCGACAAAACAGAGCGCCAGGAUUCGGAGGUGACCAAGUUGUGCAACUCUGUGAAACGGUUGCUACGAUCUCGAAGUCCUAGAUCACGUAGCACUUCACAGAAACGCACCUUGGCGCAUCGCAGCAAGUCGCGUGGUAGCCCUAAAACGAAACCCAACAGGGUGGAAAACCCUGAAUGGUGCUGGUUUCAUAACACUUACGGGGAUGAAGCCAGAAAAUGUCGUAAACCAUGCCGUUUUAAGAAGGACACAAACUCGGGAAACGGUCACGCCGGCACGUGCUCACGGCAACCGUAG